UCAAAUGGCACCAGGGAGCACUUUCAGCAACAGGCAGAAGUGUGUGGAUGGGCUGAGCCACACUUGAAACAUUUGUCUCUUCAACCUGUCAUCCUUCUCCAAGUCAGCUGGUAGCUGCACUGUUUCUGACAGGACACCUCCAGGAUGCCACCCAAGAAAGUACAAAUCCAAGUGGAGGAGAAAGACGAUGAUGAUACUGAAGAAAGUUCAAGUGAAGAGGAAGAGGAAGAUGAAGAUAAGUUACCACGAAGAGAGAGCAUGAGACCUCAGAGGAAACGGAACAGAGAUGUUAUUAGUGAGGACGACCCACCCCCUGAACCAGAGGAUGAAGAAACAAAAAAGGCCAGAGAAAAAGAGAGGAAGAAGAAGUUGAGGAGAGGAGCGGACGAAGAUGAUGAAAUUGAUGAAGAGGAAUUGGAAAGACUGAAGGCUGAGUUAGAUGAGCAAAGACAAAUGAUUGCUAAUGUCAAAUGCAAGCCUUGGAAAAUGGAGAAGAAAAUUGAAGUUCUCAAGGAAGCAAAAAAAUUUGUGAGUGAAAAUGAAGGAGCUCUUGGGAAAGGAAAAGGAAAACGGUGGUUUGCGUUUAAGAUGAUGAUGGCCAAGAAAUGGGCAAAAUUUCUCAAAGACUUUGAGAUCUUCAAAGCUGCUUGUGUCCCAUGGGAGAAUAAAAUCAAGGCUAUCGAAAGUCAGUUUGGUUCAUCAGUGGCUUCAUACUUCCUCUUCAUGAGAUGGAUGUAUGGAGUAAACAUGGUUCUCUUCGUCCUGACAUUUAGCCUCAUCAUGUUGCCAGAGUACCUCUGGGGUUUGCCAUAUGGCAGUUUACCUAGAAAAACAGUUCCCAGAGCUGAAGAGGACUCUGCAGCGAAUUUUGGUACAUUGUAUGACUUCAACGGCUUGGCGCAAUAUUCCGUCCUUUUUUAUGGCUAUUACGACAAUAAACGCACAAUUGGAUGGAUGAAUUUCAGGUUGCCGCUCUCCUAUUUUCUGGUGGGGAUCAUGUGCAUUGGAUACAGCUUUGUGGUUGUCCUUAAAGCGAUGACCAAAAAUAUUGGUGAUGAUGGGGGUGGCGAUGACAACACUUUCAACUUCAGCUGGAAGGUGUUCACCAGCUGGGACUACCUGAUUGGCAAUCCUGAAACAGCAGACAACAAAUUCAAUUCUAUCACAAUGAACUUUAAGGAAGCUAUAAUAGAAGAAAGAGCAGCCCAAGUAGAAGAAAACAUCCACUUGAUCAGAUUCCUGAGGUUCCUCGCUAACUUCUUUGUGUUUCUAACACUUGCCGGGAGUGGAUACCUCAUCUUUUGGGCUGUGAAGCGAUCCCAGGAAUUUGCACAGCAAGAUCCUGACACCCUUGGGUGGUGGGAAAAAAAUGAAAUGAACAUGGUCAUGUCCCUCCUGGGGAUGUUCUGCCCAACAUUGUUUGAUUUGUUUGCCGAAUUGGAAGACUACCACCCCCUCAUUGCUCUGAAAUGGCUACUGCUCCGCAUUUUUGCUCUUCUUUUAGGCAACUUGUAUGUAUUUAUUCUUGCCUUGAUGGAUGAGAUUAACAACAAGAUUGAAGAGGAAAAGCACGUAAGGGUCAACAUUACCAUCUGGGAGGACAACAUGAUCAAGGCCUACAACGCCUCACUGCAGUCCCUCACUGGAAACGCCACUGCGGCGCCCUUCUUUGUGCACCCUGCAGACGUACCCCGAGGACCCUGCUGGGAAACCAUGGUGGGGCAGGAAUUUGUGCGGUUGACUGUUUCUGAUGUUUUGACCACCUAUGUCACAAUCCUGAUUGGCGACUUUCUUCGGGCAUGUUUUGUAAGAUUUUGCAAUUACUGCUGGUGCUGGGAUUUAGAAUAUGUAUAUCCUUCAUACACCGAAUUUGACAUCAGCGGCAAUGUCCUCGCUCUCAUCUUCAACCAAGGCAUGAUCUGGAUGGGCUCUUUCUUUGCUCCCAGCCUCCCAGGCAUCAAUAUCCUUCGACUUCACACAUCCAUGUACUUCCAGUGCUGGGCCGUGAUGUGUUGCAACGUUCCUGAGGCCAGAGUCUUCAAGGCUUCCAGAUCGAAUAAUUUCUACCUGGGCAUGCUCUUGCUCAUCCUCUUCCUGUCCACCAUGCCUGUCCUGUACAUGAUCGUAUCCCUCCCGCCAUCUUUUGACUGUGGCCCUUUCAGCGGCAAAAAUAGGAUGUUUGAAGUCAUUGGAGAGACACUGGAACACGAUUUCCCGAGUUGGAUGGCAAAGAUCUUGAGACAGCUCUCUAACCCUGGGCUGGUCAUCGCUGUGGUUUUGGUGAUGGUCUUGACCAUCUAUUAUCUUAACGCCACUGCCAAGGGCCAGAAGGCCGCAAACCUGGAUCUGCAAAAGAAGAUGAAACAGCAAGCUUUGGAGAACAAAUUGCGAAACAAGAAAAUGGCAGCCGCGCGAGCAGCUGCAGCUGCUGGUGGCCAGUAACUUUCAAAGAUAUGCUGGGGGCCCAGAAGUACUCCUCGCCUUGCUGUUUAAAAGCAAUUACUUGUGCGAAGGCCCAGAGAGCAAGCGUUGUGGAGUUGCUAUUCUCCUGUCCUAACCCUGGUGGAUCAUCAAAGUCAGACUGGUCAGUGAGCCAUCACCAGUCCUCAUGCAGCAAGAAGGAUCUCCACCUUAUUCCAAAUUCAACAUUUGUUCCUGCACUGCCAUUUCCUCCUCAGACCCAUUUCCUUGACAAAUUGAAUUUAGAAGAAAGCGUGACUCAGUAAUACAGGUUAAUUUAGAAACCUUUUGCUCAUUAUAGACUUUCAUUUUAUACAUUUCUUCUGCCUUAGUUUUCUUGGCCUGGGAGCAGGACUACUUUACUCUCUUUUUCCAAGUUUAGAAAUAUGUUCAUAAAGUACUCAUCAUGAGCACUCAUUUACUGACUCUAUGAACCUACCACCUUGUUUUCCCUUUUUUCCAACCUGUCUCCCCAUCUAUGACCCCCCACAAAUAUAUACCCAAAGCCUUUUUACUUGCUGCUGGAUUUAAUAUGAAAUAAAACAGGAGUUUUAGAAUAAGUAUCCUAAGUGAACUAGGGGCAGGAUUAGCAGAGGGUUGAGGAGCUACAUGGGUCUUAGACAACCCAUCUCUUUAUGAGUUAAAAAAAAAUGACACUGUAAGUGAUUGCUAUUUCAUCAGUCUGAUUGUUCGACCUCCACUGAUCGCCAUCUCCUGAGUGUCGACUCUCAUAUUGUUUAAUUUUUCUUUGCUUUUGUUAAGGGUAGGAAAACACACACUUGUCGGGGGGGGCUUCAGUUUCAAGAUGUGUUUAGGCAUUAUUAUUUAUUUAAAGUUUAAAUUGACUUUGAAUAGUAACAAUGCUCUUAGCCAGCCUUGUUGUGUGACUUCAAUUACAUCUCCUAACUCAUGUCUUUUUCCAGAAGUAAGCCAAUUUGCCUGCCAUUCCCUGCAAUUGACUGGCUUAUUUUUACUACUUUGUCUUUGAAUUUCUCCUUCUUUUCUAUCUUCUACUGGCCACAGAAUGAUCACCCUGUUCCCCUAUCAUUCAUGUGCUCAUCACUUGCAUCAUAUCAAAUUCAAGGCUUACUUCCCUCUGGUCAGAUUAUCCACACUAGCCCAAUUGUAUCACUCCCUUGAUGGUCUUCAUUUGGACUCUAGUAUCAUUAAUUCAGAGUUUAUUAAUUUACUGACUUCCCUGUGAGUUGUAAUGGUUCUUUCUUAUUUCUUGUAUGCAUGGAUUAGCUUUUCUAUCCAGAUUGUAAGCUUCCUAUGAACAGGGAUCUUAUCUUCUAACUCUUUUGUAUGCCUAGUAUAGUGCUGUGCACAGGUAGGCACUGAAUAAAUGCUUGUUAAUUAAAUUGAAUCAAUUUAACUUACAGCAGUUGCAUUGUGAAACAAAAACCUCUGUUAUCUGCAUGAAGAUAUUCCUAUGAUGUAAGAAAUGGAAUUAUCUGUUGAUAUGAUGACUUUAUUGUCUCAUUAGAUGAUAAUGAAUAUUACUAAAUAAAGCUAGUGCUUAUUUCUACUUGGAUCAUUUUUGCACUGUGUAGUAAUAAGAUUAGAGAACUGGUUUAUGUGUGCUGUCAAACUUACAGUGUAAAUUACACUCCCUUGUUCUUGAUCUAUUUAUAAGGAAAAUGCUAAGAGCUGAGAAACUAUCCCCCAAGGACUUCCUCUCC